AUGUUGAUGGACGGCGGUGCGCAUGCUCUCGACACCCGCAUACGCACGCGGCACGCGCGAGCGUUCGGACCCUUUCCGCGCACUAGUCUCCACCGCCGAGCGCUGCGACCUACCAUUGUAAAUUGUACGUUUGUACCAUCGGCGUCGGAGCGUUAUCAGUCGUUAGCGUACACAGACGGUCGUUUCGAUUUCUCGGCGGCAAGUGGCAACACGGCGCAAAUACCAUUACCACCCGUUGUCACUGGUCUUCAUCUCGACUUCUACAGUUCUACAAUUCCACUCUGUAGUCCGUUCUUGUCGCGCGUUUUGCUCUCCAACCCCGGACCACCCCUGACGCCAGUAACGUCGACCGUUGUGUACCGUCUCCGUGAAUAA